AAACAAGGGGAUUUGGAGAGAGAAACCCCUUUCUUUGUCUUGCAAUUUUCCACAAAUCGCAAGCAAGCCCACGCACCCAAAAUCCACUUCACGAACGACGAAGGCCGAAGACGACGAGGCAACGGCGGUGCUGUGAAGGGGACAGCGGCGGGGCCUCGACCUUCGAGAGAUUUCCGAGCGCCGCCGAUGGAUCUCUGGGAGCGGGCCCGGGCCUUCGCCGGGGAGGCGGCGAAGCGGUCGCAGGAGCUGUCGGCGGAGGCGGCCAAGCGCUCGUCGGCGCUGGUGUCGGAGACGGCGAAGAAGUCCAAGGAGAUCUUCUCGGAGACCGCGACCAAGUCGCGGGAGAUCGCCGCGGAGGCCACCAAGCAGGCUGACCUACUCGCUGGCCAGAUCAAGCGCCUCUCCACGGACCUCCCAGUCCCCUCCAUCCCGUCCAUCCCCGCGAUCCCGCCCAUCCCCUCCGCCGUCGCGCCGGAGCCCGACGAGGCGGAGCUCGAGCGCUACGGCAUCACUGAAGACCUCCGCGAGUUCGUCAAGGGCAUGACCAUAAGCACCUUCCGCGACUUCCCCUUGCAAGAUGAGCCGGAGAUGUCGGAUGUGCCCACGGUCUCGAACGUGCGUCAGGAUCUGAAUGAGUGGCAGGCCAGGCACGCCACUCUCGUCCUCUCAGCCGUUAAGGAAAUUUCAAAGUUCAGAUAUGAGUUGUGUCCACGAUACAUGAAAGAGCGUAAAUUCUGGAGAAUUUAUUUCUUGCUAGUAAACAACUACACAUCCCUCUAUGAGAACAAAUAUUUUGAGGAGCUCAAAGUGAAAGCAGAGGAGGAAGAAAGGGAGGCCAAAAAGGAGGUAUCAGAGACCACACAAGCUACAACUGCAGAGCAUAAAGACAUGAAGGCUCAGAGCAAGACUUCAACUUCAACAAAUCCAGAGCAUGAUCUGGAUGUUUUUCUUCUAGGAGAUCUCGGCAGUGAUGAUGAGGGUCCUGAUGGUGAUGAUGGUGGGUUAGAUGAUGACUUCGAUAAGAUAGAUGCCACCUCAGUUUUGGAGAGUGAUGAUGAUGACAAGGAAAAAGCAGCAGGCAAGGCAGAAAGUGCACAGCAGUAGCUUGCAGAGCUGGUGAUCAAUAUGAUACCGUGUGCUUCCCAGCUCUGCACAUGAUGCUUAUAAUGACAACGAAGGGGCUAGCACACAGCUUACUGCACAAGUCUAGCCAUUGUAUAUUAGAUGGUUACAUCGAUCCAUUCGUUUUCCCCCACUCAAGCAAUGCCGUUUUUCCUCCUUGCA